GCUCGAUGAAAGUUUGCAUUGAGUAUAAAAGUCAUUGAAGAACUCCAAAAGGUAUUCAGUUCAUUUGUUGAACUACUGCAAUACAUGAGAGUUGAAAUGAAGGCUUUGAUAACUUUGUCAAUCUUAGUCCUUGUGGCAGUGGCGGUAAACGCUGAGGCCAAGGAGAAGAAGGAAGCAGAACCAAGCGACAAAAAACAAACCAAACGCGGCCUACUCAGUUUAGGUUACGGAUACGGAGGAGAUUUUGACAAUGGCUAUCAUGUCGGUCAAGGAGGUCUCGGCCUGGAAGGAGGAUACCCAGUUGGCCAUGGAUCCAUCGAUCUUGGCCACUCAACUUCUGUAGAAAAAACCAUCACCCUUUUCAAAGGAGUACCACUACCUUAUCCCGUUGAAAGGCACAUCCCAUACCCAGUAACUAGGAAUGUCCCCUACCCCGUAAAAGUUCUAGUACCACAACCCUAUCCAGUAGAAAAACCCGUAGCUUACCCCGUGAAAGUCCCAGUGAAAGUAGGUGUCCCUGUCCCACAACCCUACCCCGUUGAAAAAAUCGUUCACGUUCCCGUCAAAGUACAUGUUGACAGACCCUACCCCGUGAAAGUUUUGGUGCCUCAACCCUACCCAGUUGAAAAGCAUAUCCCUUACCCAGUUAAAGUACAUGUCCCACAACCUUAUCCCGUUGAGAAACAAGUUCCAGUACCUGUCAAAGUACCUGUGCACGUUCCCCAACCCUACCCAGUAUACAAGCAAGUUCCAUAUCCCGUCAAGGUUCCAGUUGACAGGCCAUACCCCGUUCACGUACCACAACCUUACCCCGUACAUAUCAUCAAAAAAGUACCAGUACCAGUAGAGAAACCAGUACCAUACCCAGUCAAAGUGGCAGUAGACAGGCCCGUGCCAUACCCAGUGGAAAAACCAUACCCAGUAGCUGUUAAAGUACCAGUCCCAGCGCCUUACCCUGUUGAGAAACCAGUACCAUACCCCGUGGAGAGACCAGUACCUUACCCAGUGAAAAUCGCCAUUGACAGGCCUGUACCAGUACCAGUAGCCAAACCAGUGCCUUAUCCAGUAGCAAAACCAGUUCCGUACCCAGUUAAAGUACCAGUAGCAGUACCAGUACACUCCCACGGAGGAUAUGAUGGUGGGUAUGAUGGUGGAUACGACGGUGGAUACGGUGGUGGAUACGGUGGUAGUUAUUCAAGCAGCAGUGGAGGACACGACGGAGGAUAUGAAAGUUAUGGCCAUAAAUAGGCGGAGACAUGAUGAUUCACACUGUGUGUGUCUCUUUGGAUUGCUCUUGUAAACUAUUUAUAUUUUUCUGUUACCUCUCUCAAUAAAUUCUGUUAUAUUUUUUAUAAA